AUGGUGGCGUAUUUGUUAGCUGUGUUCGCGUUGGUGUCUGCUGUGUCAGCUGAAAAUCAAAUACUAGUCGCCAAAGUGUUUCUCACAGAACCACUCCGGAAAAAUAACAUUCAAGGCAACAUCACAUUUACACAAGUUGAUGAGCACAAAGUUCACGUGGAAGGUGUCGUGACUGGUCUACCAGCUGGUCGCUAUGGCUUCCACGUUCAUGAGAAGGGGGAUCUAUCAGGAGGUUGUGCAUCUGCUGGGCCCCAUUUUAACCCUGAAAAGAAACAACAUGGCCAUCCGAACGACAAGAACCGUCACGUUGGUGAUUUAGGCAACGUAGUUUUUAAUGAAGACUCCGUGGCUACAAUCGAUUUUAUGGACACCAUGAUCGCUCUGUAUGGCCCUCACUGCAUUCUGGGAAGGUCUAUUGUGCUACAUGAAAGUGAUGAUGACUAUGGAAGAUCUGAUCAUCCCGAUUCAAAGACGACUGGAAAUGCUGGGGGACGCGCCGCUUGUGGUGUUGUUGGAAUUGUUGAUCCCGUGACCCCGUGGAAUUCCAGUGGAACAAUCAGUGCUUCUAUCUUGUUGAUAGCAUCCAUACUUACUCUAAUUAUGUAUUAA